GCCAAAAAGAAGCUAUCGAUAUAUUCGAAGAAUUUCUUAUCCAUGCGCAGAGUAGUUUUCCGUAAUAUUUUUUGAUUUAUGCUGUUUAAAAAUGAAUCAGUUUGAGAAAAAAGAAGUCAUACAAGCCAUUCUUAUUGCGGAUAAUAAUGUGGAGCAGCUGCAACCGUUUUCCGCUGAAAAUUCAACGGCGCUGUUGCCUUUGGUGAAUGUGCCACUAUUAGAUUACGCCUUGGACGCUCUCAACCGCAGUGGCAUUGAAGAAGUGUUCGUCUACUCAAGCCUGCAGUUGCAAAGUGUGCGGGAGCAUAUCAAAAAUGGUAUUGCAUCACUCAGUUCAUGGUCAAUAAACAUGACAGUGCACGUGAUUGGCGGAGAAGGAUGUCGUUGCUUUGGUGAUGCUAUGCGCGAUUUAGAUGCGAAGGCUUUGAUUCGUGGAAACUUCAUUUUGCUCGGCGCGGAUACGGUGACCAAUGCAAAUUUACGGCCAAUAUUUGAGCAACACAAAAAAACUGUUAAAUAUGACAAAGGCGCCGCCGCUACGUUGGUCUUUAAAGAGGCCGCCACAUGCAACGUACGUACAGGCAACGAAAUCAUGAUUGCUGUUGACCAGCAGAACAAUCGGCUUCAUCAUCACCAAAGGUUGCGACUACAUAGCAAGGAGUCACAAUUUGAGGUGCCGCUGGAAGUAUUCCUUUAUAAUUCUGAAAUGGCGCUAAUGCAUAAUUUAAUUGAUCCACAAAUCGCUAUCGGGUCACCAUCUAUGCUUUCUUUAUUCAGCGACAAUUUCGAUUUCGAAACACGAGAUGACUUCGUACGUGGUAUUUUAAUUAACGAGGAAAUUCUCGACAGUCGUAUAUAUGUUUCGUUGUUGCCGCGUGGACAGUAUGCACGGAAGGUGAAUAACUGGCUUACUUACAGCAUGGUUAGCCAGGAUGUAAUGAACCGCUGGGCGUACCCACUUGUUCCCGACAUGGGGUUAAAUUGUCUUGCUCAGCAAUAUGUAUAUCUAAAAAAUAAUAUAUACAAGAGUCCUAAAGCAACGGUGAUAAAAGCAACGUUGAGAGAAAAUGUAGCCGUGCAAGCAGGCAGCCAGAUAGAAGCAGGCACAACAGUGAGCUGCAGCGUUAUUGGCAAAAACUGUAAAAUCGGCAAAAAUUGUGUGCUUUCAAAUGUCUUUCUUUUGGAUAGUGUGAACGUCGCCGAUGACUGCAAGUUAGAUUGCUGUGUAAUAGGCUUUGGCUCAAAGAUUGGUGCCGGAACUGUGCUCACUGAAGGUGCUGUAGUGGGCGCAAAAUGCAUUAUACCCUCAGGAAAAACUUUAAAAAAUGUAAUUGUAAAAAAUGCUUUGGACGAUUACGAUGAAUUGGUGGAGAAGCUGGGAGAGAAAGCCUUCAUAAUAGAAGAUAAACAAGAUACACAACCUACAUAUGCAUCCGAUUCAGAAGAUGAUGCGCUGCCGGCUGCAGCUACAGGCAUACCAAAAGUUUCUAAAGUGCCAACUACCUGCGACGAGAGCGACUACACAUCGAGCAGCGAUGAUGAUGAGUCCCGUUCAGUAACACCACUCGUCGAUGAUACAAAUAUAUUUUUGGCGGAAGUGAUGGAUUCACUGGCUCGAGGUUUCCAAGAGAAAUCCAACCCAGACUUCCUUAUCCUGGAAAUCAAUUCAUCUCGGUACGCGUAUAAUAUGUCACUCAAGGAAGUGAAUUUCUACGUGGUGAAAGCGAUAUUCAGUCUUCAAGAUAUCAAAGAGCCCGCAAAUCAAAAUGUUCUGUUGCCAUCAACAAUGUUCUGAAGCAAUUGGGACCAGUCAUGUCGAAUUAUAUAAAAACCGAAGACGCCAUGUUAGAGUGCCUAAAGGCAUUAGAAGACAUUUAUGAGGAGAACGAAUAUGUUCGCAGCAAGAUAUCCAAAGUUGUACACUACUUGUAUGAUAAGGAUUUCGUAAGUGAAGACGCUAUCAUUGCAUGGUAUGAAUCAACUCGAUGCUGAAGACCACCACGCUUACGUCAGAGUCUGAAAGAGCUCAUCGAAUGGCUCAAUCAAUCUGAGCGAAGAAGAGGAUGACCACGAUGAGGAGGAAAGUGAUUAGAAGAGUGAUGAACGCUAAGAAAUUUUAAGUUUAUGUUUUAUUUUUUAUAAAUAAAAGAAUUAACACACAAAAGAAUCGACAAACAAAACCAAUAAACUAAAUAAAAAAA